AUGUCGCAGGAGACUUCACAGCGCAACGUACCAACGCCGUCGGUGUCCCAGACGACAACGGUCUCUACCACAUCACAAAAUUCUUCAGAUUCUGCGCCAAGGAUACUGCGCCUUCGUGGACGGCACAACGCCAACGGACGAUCGGUGCAGUGGGCAGAGGACGUGGUGGACAAUGAGGGAAUGGGCAGGAAGAGCUCCAAAGUAUGCUGCAUCUACCAUAAGCCGAAAGCCGUCGACGAAUCGAGCGACGAGUCUAGCUCCGAUUCUUCGUCAGACUCCGAUUCAGAUUACGAGGAUAGGAUGCGCAGGGGGAAGGUGCGCGACGGCAAGGGCCAUGACAAAGAUGGGGAUCACGAGGGAUGCGACCACGCUCAUGACCACGACCACGACAAGCCGCGCGAGAAGCAGAAGCGAGCGCCAAGCCCGAAUGCCUAUGAAAAGGUCCCUAAGCCGAAGCGCAAAGAGGAACCUACGGAGAAGAAGCAGUAG